CGAUACCUCCCUCCCCUCACCCUCCCAGUCCCGACACUGAAUCAUAAGAUUCUGCCCAGGCCUCAUCACAAGACGCCAAUUAUCGCCCUCCAACUGCGCAUACAUACCCCUCCCUCCUUCCCUCUCCUCAUUCCAGUCCACACGCCCCGUCCUCCCACCCGAGUGCGUGCGACGCUUCUGUACACCCUCACCUGUUCGGGCCCCUCGAGCGGGGGUGAUGGGCGGCGUGUUGAUAGUGUUCUGUGGAAAUGUGGUAGACAGACUGUUUGCUGGUGGUUGAAUUGUCGACGUUGGUGAUGGGGAUGGGGAGGACGGGGUGUUUUCACUGUGGUCCUCUGGGACGUCUGGGACGUCGAUGUCUACGUCUACGUCCGACGCUACGCCACUGGGUGCGUCCGCGUCGGAUGCAGAGGCGCUUCGUUCUGAAUCGCUGGGAUGGUUUGUGUCUGACUCCGAGGACGAGGAUGAGGAUGAGGAAGAGGAUGACGAGGAGGAGGAAGAAGGCGGGGAAGGGGACGCUGCGUUGCUUCUAUCCGUAUCACCAGUGUCAGACUCAGCAGCCUGGCUUCCAUCCUCAUAUUCCCGUAAGUCUGGGUAGGGACGACCAUAAAACGAAGGGAAUGGUUGCGAGACCGGAUCGUCGUCAGUCGAUGACCCGCUACCUCCAUCCGGACCUUCGUCUUCGUCUUCAUCUUCAUCCACAUGCACAAAGCGAGUGUGGUCCACGACUGACGCCAACCGCGCAGCGAUCUCAGCACGAGCUUGGCCUAUGUAAUCCCGCUCAUCAAGAGAUGGCUGUCCAAUGAAAGAUG